GGGGUUCGAGUAGGAAAGUGAAUUGUGCUAUUUGCUUACAUGUGGUGCGUUUCCUGCUGUGUACGGUGGGGGUAGAUGUUUCCGUUGCCGCGACAAAGUAUCACGACGUUCGCCCUGAGAGAUUAUACUAUAGCGACCUGAGUGACAGCUCCCGACCGAGCUUGGCGUAUUCGUUUGAAUUCUUCCCAUUCUGAGAAGAGGAAAGCAAGACGCAAUGAAUGUGUUGCGGACCGAAGACAAAGCUUUCUUGCCAGUGAUGUAAACGCUCAGUAUAGCAUGAUCACUUACUCUUAGAAAAAUACUGACGCGAAUUGGAAACCGUCUUUUAGCAAUUUCUGGGACAUCGAGGAAGAUGAACUCCUGUUGUUCAUUUUUGGUUCAGGAAGCUACAUUUUAGCCAUUUGCAGUUGACACUUGAAUAUCGGUCUUGUUUUAAGGUUUGGUAGGCUACUAGAAACGGCAGCAUCUGCUGAUGUUUUCUCUGCUUAUUAUUUGACCCGUUGCAACACGUUACUGAUGUAUUUUGCAGAGGGCAUAUCCUAGUGACCGUUUUAACGUUUUCCUCUACUCUGUCAAUUUAAUUCCAUUCUGUUCCGUCCGAAAUAGGAGUCUGGCCAGGUCGUGUGUCUAAACUGUAUCGUCAGUUCUGUUUGAUGAAACAUUCACAUGAUUUAAAAGUACCGAAGAGUCAGCAUUAAAGGGACAUUUCGUUCAGUUCUGUCCGCUUUCAGGAUCAUCGAAAUCUUUCAACGCUUCGUCAAAUGCUAGAGUGGAAUUAGACCACCAGUGGUAUUGAAACUUUAAUACCUAAUAGCUAGUAAACGGAAAACAUCGGGGAUAUCGCCAUAUCAUCGGAAUAUGCUGUUAAAGGAGUACAGGAUAUGUAUGCCGCUAACGGUGGAGGAGUACCGGAUCGGCCAGCUGUACAUGAUCAGCAAGCACAGCCACGAGCAGAGUGACCGCGGCGAGGGCGUGGAGGUGGUGCAGAACGAGCCGUACGACGACCCCGCGCACGGCCAGGGCCAGUUCACCGAGAAACGGGUUUACCUCAACAGCAAACUGCCCAGCUGGGCCAGAGCAGUGGUCCCCAAAAUCUUCUACGUGACGGAGAAGGCCUGGAACUACUACCCCUACACCAUCACAGAGUACACAUGCUCCUUCUUGCCGAAGUUCUCUAUUCAUAUAGAAACAAAAUACGAGGACAACAAAGGCUCAAAUGACAAUAUCUUCGACAGCGAGGCCAAGGACAUCGAGCGGGAGGUGUGCUUCGUCGACGUGGCCUACGAUGAGAUCCCCGAGCGGUACUACAAGGAGUCGGAGGACCUGCGGUACUUUAAGUCGGAGAAGACGUCGCGGGGCCUGCUGCAGGAGGGCUGGCGUGACACACAGGACCCCAUCAUGUGCUCCUACAAGCUGGUGACCGUCAAGUUCGAGGUGUGGGGUCUGCAGACGCGCGUGGAACAGUUUGUGCACAAGGUGGUGAGGGACGUUCUGCUCCUGGGGCACAGGCAGGCCUUCGCCUGGGUGGACGAGUGGAUCGAUAUGACUUUGGAUGACGUGCGGGAAUACGAGACACAAAUGCAUGAACAAACCAACAUUAAAGUUUGCCAUGAGCAGCAAGAGCAUUCCACAAACUCAUCAUCACUGGAUGACAUUGAGAUCCAUGACAAAGCAAGUACAUGACGAUGGAUGAGGUGAGAGAAUUCGAACGGGCCACUCAAGAAGCCACCAACAAGAAGAUUGGGAUUUUCCCCCCGGUGAUCUCCAUCAACGAGACCCCCCUGCCGUCCUGUGCCCGCAGCGGGCCCUCCAGCGCC